GCUCUCUGUAGGGGGACCCACCCAGCCGGGGUCUUACUUUAGGAGCCCUCCCAUGGCUUCACCGGAGAGGGUGGAGGCAGUGGCCAAAGGAACGGGAUUCCGGCGCUGCCCCAAGCAGGCCACUUACACCCCUGAGACCUGUGAGCUCCUCAGAGUGAUGAUGAAGGAGUCCAAGCUGACUCAGUUCCAACAGCGCCACAUCAUGGACACCAUGCAGAGAGGAGACACUCUGCCCCUGCACUGCAGCCCCACAUGCAGCCAGAGGCGGCUGCCCACCCAGCAGCCGGCUCCGGCCCUCUGCCUGCCUCCCAUCCUGGAGGCCCGGGCCCACCUCCGGCCUGCCAGCCUGUGCCAGGCCAAUGGGGCCUACAGCCGCGAGCAGUUCAAGCCUCGAGCCACCCGAGAUCUGGAGAAGGAAAAGCAGAGACUCCAAAAUAUCUUUGCCACAGGGAAGGACAAAGGGGAACGGAAAAGAAAGCCCCCUCCUAUAAAGCAACAAAAGGACCCAGCCCCAGAGCUGGACCGGUUUGAAGAGCUGGUCAAGGAAAUUCAGGAGAGGAAAGAGUUCCUGGCUGACAUGGAGGCCCUGGGGCAGGGCAGACAGUACCGGGGGAUCAUCCUUGCUGAAAUCUCCCAGAAGCUACGGGAAAUGGAAGACAUUGACCGCCAGAGGAGCGAGGAACUUAGGAAGGCUCUUGUCCCUGCUUAA